CUCUCAUGUCGAACAGCGCGUAGUGAUUGGCUGCCCAGCCAUUGUCCCUCCUUGCCGCGUGCGACGCAAAGAAGAAUAAUGCGUCGUGAUUGGUCACUAGCUUGCAUACCAUACAUUCCUGAAGCGUGACACCCAUAUAUGGUCAUUUUUUGGUGUACAUAGUCAGCCAGCCAGCCAGCCAGAGAUUUGGGGCAAAUAGAACCCCGUUAGUAUACCGUUCCUCGCAAGUCACGUGACUUCUUUAAAGUCCCGUUCCUUUGACUCGUAGCUUUCAAAUUAUACGUUGUAAUAAAAUUUAAAAAGCUAAUAAAUUUUAAGCCUCGCAGUCCCUUAUGCUAAGCGCAGCAAAGCGUCACUUUUUGCGCAUCACGUGGUAUCCGGGAUAUAUCGUCACCACAGUAACGAUGUCAUACGCAAUUCCCAAUUUAUCCGAACACGUUUUGCUAUGUCUAGCCGCAUGAGAUCAUCAGAACGGAGAGGUAGACCGCAGUCUGCUAUGUCGACUCGUGAAGUUGGGAGUUCUACAGUGUUGAGACGCAGUGCGGGAAGUAUUAGGACACAAAUGGAGGGUCGGAGAACGCCUGUACUUCGAUUGUCAACUGACGUGUCUGUUCGCAAGCCUUCGACUCGUUUGGCUGCAUCUGGUGAACUGGACAGUCUGGAGAGCGAAUACAUCAAGAACCUUCAGCAGCAGAUCUAUUUCCUCGAACUGGAGGUUAAUUACUUGAGAGAGCAAAUCAACAGCAAGAAAUCGCCACCAAGACUUGCGACACCUGGAACUCAGGUGGAAAAAUGGACACAAGAAGUCAAGGGGUUGAAACAUCAAGUUGAAAGUCUGCAGGCAGAAACAACUCGAAAAGAUUCGGCUCUUGACCGGCUAGACAGAGAGAGGCAACGACUGACUUUGUUAGUGGAAGAUGAGAAAGCAUCGUUUAGUCAAGAGAAACAAGCACUUAUUGAGGAGAUUGUAACUCUGAAGAAACAUCUUGAGCUGCAAACUCGUAGUCAAACGCAACAAAGUCACGAGAGACUAAGGAUAAAGGAUGACUCCAGAAAGAGCUACACAGCAUUGAUAGACACUGAGAAAAAAGCUCAAAUAUUAAGAGAUCAGUUGGAACAUCGAGCAGGACAAAUGAAGGAACUUCGUCUCCAACUUGAAGAAAAACGAACUGAAAAUGUGAAACUGCAAACGCACAUCCAAGAGCUCGAACACAACUACCUUGACUCUGAUUCUUCCAAGACGGAUGAACAAAUAAAACAGCUAGAAGCUGAUCUCAGGCAGUUGCGAUUAGAAUUGAAACAAGCUGAAAUGAAUGCAGAACAGGACAGACACCUCAAGAACAAAGUGAUGGAAGACUGCACUUCUUUGGUAAAAGAAAAUGCACUGUUGGCAUCACAAGUGGCUGAACUACAGAAACAAGUGGACCGGGAAAGAAGUCACCGUGACAACAAACAGCAAAGAAACACACUCAGUCUCCAAGAACUGGUAACCUUGCGUGAACACGACAAACAACAAGCUGCAGAGCUUCAACGAGUGAAGUCCUCCCUCAAAUACGAACAAGAAAAACUCCAAGACGCCACAAAACAAAUCAUCGAACACGAGCAAGAGACAGCACAAACACAAGAAGACCUCACAUCCGUAACCGAACAACUACAAAACCUAGAGAGACUACACACAGACCAAGAGCAAGAAAACAUUGCUCUACGAAGAGACAAAGUCCUGCUUGUUGAUCACGUAACAGAAUGGCAACAAAAGGUCGAGUCGAAAGACGAGGAAUUAUUGCAGUUGAACGCAGAGCUUGCUAUGCUUCGAGGCAAGCUCAGUGAGAUGACAGCAAAAGCGCGACUACAGAAGAGUCUGGAAGCUCUAAAGUGGGACGAGUUUGAGCGAAUGGCAGAUGCUAUUAAAACAGUUUCAUCACAAGGACGAGAGCUAGCGUCCUCACUAACUGAGGAACAACAAUCGUAAUUAAUUUAGACGGUAGAGUUGCAUGUAGUGAUCAGGUGAUCAUACAGGCAAACGUUUUCAGUUUUCA